UAUAUAUACAGAUGUGAUAUAUUAUAAAUGGAAAUAAAUCCCAUGAUUUAAGCUCUAAUCAGCCAGCACAUUUGCUAUUAUGUAGGAUCUGAAAUAUAAGCAUGCUGGCUAAUUUACAGGGAAAGAUUAAGGGUCUAUGAUCAAGCUUAGAAUCAGCUAUCAAUUAUCCUCAUUCAAUUCCUUUUCUUCAAUAGAGCGGAGGCAACUGAGGAAAGAGAGGAGAGAGAGCAAGGCUGGAGAUAGAAACUGGAGAGAGGAGGUAGAAGAAAGGUUAAUGGUGAAGCCCAAGAAAGAGUACAAGUCGUGGACAGAGAAGCUCAACUUGGAUCUCCUCGCGAAGUUGGGCACGCAAUGGCGGGUCAUUAGGGUUUCUAGGAUUAAUGGCCAUGAGACGGGGGAAGUGAUAGCCAAAGCUCUAGUUAGAAAUUAUCCUGACUUUGAGUUCAAGGUAUUGUUUUAUGCGUAUUUGAUAGGUGGGAAUAAAGUUGAUAGCUUUCUAUCUGAGGAUUAUGCUAGAUAAUAUAUGGGUUCUUGUAAUAAAAUUAUUCAAGGAAAAAAAAGGAGAAAUGGUGGUCAAAUAUGAGGUAGUACUCUAUCUUAUUAAAAUUGCAUUAGUCACAGAAAUUAAGCACAUGGAUUAUGUAUAGAUUCACAUUCAAACUAGCAGUUUCAGAAUCUCUGUAGAAUAGCAAAUGUUUUUUUUUUUUUACGUUGAAGCACAUAAGAGUCGGUCGUUAGAGCUCAUGUCAUUCAUGAUUUUGUUGGUAGACAAUGAUUGCUUUUGGUGACAUUUGUUAACUUUUUUUUCUUUAAAGUUGGGAGUAUUCUUCAUUGUGAUGACAAUUUAAUUAGAUCCUGUUGCUUGCUUAGUAAAAUAGAAAUCAUAUCAAUAUGUGUUGAGUUGAAUGGUUAGCAAUUGUUUAUUCAUAUGCUAAUCUUCCUUCUUGUCCUCCCGAAUAGUUUGUUCUUAUAGGUUUUUGGCUUAGAAUGUUAGUUUUCAUGUUAAUAACAUUUUAUUAUAUUGAUGGAAUAAGUAAUCUUGAUGUCACAAUUCUCAUUUUUUAAUAACUCUACAGUUACAAAUUGCGUCCUAUUUUGUACUUCCCAAUUUAUCUUGAAAAUUCUAAUUUUGUUUGUUGGCAGAGGUAUGCUUUUAUGGGUCUCUUGCUAAUUAAUAUAUGUCAUUAAUCCAUGAUCUAAUUAAAUUCUAAUUUCAUGUUAAUAACAAUUUUGUUUUGUUUGUUUGCGUCGCUGCUGCUCGGAGCUUCGCUCGCGAUGAUGGUGUGUGGAUCGGUGACUUUCGUUAUUGGGUUCAUUUUGAUGCACUGGGUUCUCGGGGUUAUGAUGGUGUUUUAUUUUCUUGGGAUUUUGAGGAACAUUAUGCGGUUUUGGAUGACGUUGUCUUGCUCCAUUCAGAAGGAGAUUUCGGGAAGAUGGUGCAAAUGUUACAAUAAAUUGUGUUCAUCCAGGGCUAAUCAUGACCAAUUUGAUGAGACAUUCUUUCGUCCUAAUGAAUAUCACAAAUGGGGUUACCUGCAAUUUAUCCUUAAGUAUGGGGCUUGCAACUCCAUGAAAUCCACAGACAAGAAGGGGAAAAAUGGAAAUGAUGAUUUGCACCAAAAGCAUCAAUGGUUUGAUUGCUAAGGUUAUAAAAAUGUCGAGGCAAGCUUGGAUGGCUUGCUAGUAUGCAGGCACCAGCUCACAGCAGUCAUUUGUUGGUUUUUUUUUUUUUUUUAACAGAGAGGGAGACAUCUUGAUUGUUUAUGCUUGUAAUUUAAUGAUGAUCUCAGGGGUUGACGCAAUAUUUGGAGCAAGAGUGUGAGAAGCAGGGAAUGAUUGUAAACAAGUUAUGUAUCUUUCUAUUUUUUUUGAUGAAUGCAUUAUUUGAAUAUAAUUGGAUUUGAUAUUGGAAUA